GAGAAUAAGUAAGACAGUUAUUGAAUAUGACUCCCCAGCUCUACAUCACUGUGUACAAAGAGCAGUUCGCUUCACCCGGCGGAGCGAAAAGAGCACAGCUGCGACCCACCUCUGCCCACCGCAGGAACAACCCCCAGCCUCGGCCGGACUUUCUGUUUCCCCAGAGCCUCCAGCCAAGCUACAAGUUAACCCACACUCAACCACACCCGUCGCCCCCUGUGGACGACGGCCGUCCUCUCUUCCCUCCUGUCAGACAUUUGUCAUUUCACAGUCCGGUUACCACUCGUCCUGACAACCAUCUGAAAACUGCAGAGGCAGGCAAACAGCUGCACAUGCCUCCUGUCAACCCAGCCGCAGUGCAAGCUGUGCCCUCUGCUGACAGUCUGUGGAAACUACAGCCGGCCGAGCCUCCUGCUGGCCCUGGCAUUCAGCUCCACGCAGCUCUGAGGAACCCACAAAGGAGAGUGGGUUAUCAGAGUAACUUGCAUCCGCUCUCGGCACAGCAACCCAGUGUCUCUGACAGGCAACGUGGGGGUGCUCAGCUUCGGACAAGACCCCAGACCAGCGAGCCUGCUGCAGCUCAACAUCACUUUCAACGGACUCGAUAUUACAGGUCUCACUCUAACAACCCUCUGGAUCAUGGCGGGUGCUACAGCUGCUUCCAAGUGGUGAAGCCCUACCAAGCUGGGCACUACACCAUACACCCGGAGUUUGUGUCUGAAAGCCUUUCCUAGGACCGUCAGGGCACGAACGUGCAGAGUGGGGGCCCGCGGUGGUCCUUGAGGGGGCGUCCAGGGGGUGUCCCCCAGCACAAUGAGGGAGCAUUAACUCCACUGUCGUUUAAUUCUCUGCUAAUUAACCCAGCGAGACAAGGUGUAAGAAUGAAUAAUGUGGCCGCAGGCUGCACUCGCACCGAUGCCGUCUCCCUGUGUGCAACGUGGACACUCUUACAGUUAAAGUACCAAAUCAGCAGCAAAGAUCCAAGCGUAUAAGGGGCUCAAGGGUGAUCACGUUGAAUGGGGCACGCGGCCCUAAUGUGUAUUUGUGUAUGACAUUAAAAUUUGACUCUACUAUUAGACG